AUCAUUUAAGAUGAGAAAUACUAAAAAGUCUAUUCAAAAUUUCAUUCGGAGGGACUCACCCAAGCCGAAAGAUGAGAAACAGGAAUUAUUGCCUGGCUCUGGCCAUCUAAACCCACAAAACACAUCCGGAGUGUCUAUAGCGACCCCCACAGUACCAGAGAAGCAUGCUGACGAGAGCGCGACGCCUAAAGGCCUCUGGGCUGAGGCAUAUGCCAAGGUUGAGGAUGAAGAUGCCAAGCUCCUUGAGGUGUAUAAGCAAUACCUCUUAUCACCAGAAGAGUCAACCACAGGCUCUGGGAAAUCGCCUGAAGCACAAAAGCCUUCUUCUUCACCACCUGAUGACAGAGCUGACAGACAGCUGCAAGACCUGGCACAGCGCAAACUCAAAGCCGUCCAUGAGGGCCAUCGCAAGAUCAUCGUUCAAGGCAAAAAAGUCGUCAUCAAGGACCAGAUCAAUCGUGUCAUCCGGACUAUUCUCGCUUCUAAAGACUUCAUCAGUACUUUACUCAGCUCGGAACCACACGCUUCCCUUGCAUGGGCGGGAGUGGUUCUUAUACUGCCGGUGCUGUCGAGUCCACUGACGCAGGCUGACGAUGCCACAAACCUGCUUGCAUAUGUGUCUGAGCUUCUUAUCCGAAUGCAGGUCAUCGACCAGACUCACAAUCUCUCUGGAAUGCAGACGACGAAGAGUGAUACAAACCCUGAGAUUCUUCAGCGCUUAAGAGAAAAAGCAGUACAGCUCUACGCCAGAAUCAUUAAAAGCCAAAUGAAGAUCAUAUGCCAGUAUUCGCGCUCCCCUUGGUUCCGAUACUGGAGAGGCCUCAUCAACGCAAAUAACUGGAAGGCAGAUCUGGACGACAUGACUCAAGCGAAACAAAGCAUCGACGAGGAUCUGCAGGCUAUUGGGGCUAGGGUUUUAGGAAAUGUUGAUGCCGCAGUAUCGCAGCUUCAAGACAAGGCUGAUAGUAUAAUCCGAGAGUUGGGGAACAUCACAGAAGAUCUACACAUUGAGAAGCUUUCUCGGGCAAGAUUUGCAGGCUUCAAUGCCGUCGAACCAUCUGCCCCGUUGCCCGCAAAGUGUCUUGAGGGCACGCGUGUUGAGAUUCUCAACGAUCUCGAACAAUGGGGAAAGGAAAACGACGACAAGCCCAUCUUCUGGCUCAGCGGAAUGGCUGGGACAGGCAAGUCCACCAUCAGCCGCACCAUAUGCCAGAGAUUCAAUGAACAUAACCUUCUGGGAGCAAGCUUCUUCUUUUCACGCAAUGGAGAGCUGCGGAACCAUUCAGCAGCGCUAUUUACCACUCUGGCAUCUCAACUGGCGGAUUCCUUACCAGCGCUCCGAGAAUACAUGAGCAAGGCCAUAGACAUAGACAAGACGAUCAGUGAACAAUCUCCGAAGAGUCAAUGCGAGCGUCUCAUACUGGAGCCUCUAUCAGAGCUGGACAAGAAGCUGCUUUUACCUCUUCAAAUUGUCAUUGUUCUUGAUGCAUUGGAUGAGUGUCAGGAUCACAGUCAACAUGCCAUACCCGAGCUCUUGUCCAAUGUCAGCGGCUUCAACUCGAUCCACCUGCGAACCCUUAUUGUCAGUCGACCGGAGGAAUCCAUUGCAAGGGACUUUCAAAAGAUCACCACGACUUACCAGCAUUGGAAGCUCGACUCUAACGAACAGAGGACUCAGACCACGCGUGAUGUUUCUCUCUUCCUCAACAAGAUGCUCGCCACCAUAGCCUUCAACCGAGAUCUACCGCCAGAAUGGCCUGGCGAAGAGUUCAAGCAGAACAUGGUUCAAAAGGCAGGUCGUCUCUUCAUUUACGCUGCGACGGUGUGUCGAUUCCUGGAUACCGACUUCCCUGAAGAACAAAUCGAAAGCCUGAUGUCUAUGGACUCUACCAAGGACUCGCCCACGGCAGAUCUGGAUAGGAUCUAUACCCUUUUGCUACAGCAGAAGAUCACCAGCCCUUUCAAACCGCUGUUCCAGUCCAUUGUGGGAUCUGUCAUCCUCUUGAAUGAGUCUCUCUCUCCUAGGGAUCUAUCGAUGCUUCUCGACAUUCCCCUUCGCAAAGUACGAAAAACACUGGACUGCCUGCGGUCAGUCUUGGUUGUGCCAGAAGAUGAUGGAUCGCCAGUCUCUUUAUUCCAUCUCUCUUUUCAUGACUUUCUCCUCGACAGCACAAGGUGCUCUGACCUGCAGUUCCAUGUGAAAGCGGAAGAAGGACACAACAGACUCUUUAUUUGCUCACUGAAUCUUAUGAAUAAACAUUUGAUCAAGGACAUCUGUCAGCUCAAACAUCCCGGUGCUCUUCAAAAGGAAGUUGAAAGCAGUGUCGUGGAGAAAUAUCUUCCUCUUGCAGUCCAAUAUGCAUGUCUCUUUUGGACCUCUCAUCUUGAAAGUUCCAAAGUCAAGCUUGAGGACGAUGAUAUAGUACACGACUUCUUGAAGUGCAACUUCCUUCAUUGGUUAGAGGCUCUUACCUUGAUGGGGAAGAUCUUUGAGGGAAUCGACAAUAUUCUCUUAUUAGAAACUUUGGUCAAGGCCGUUGAAAACCCCCUACUUCAUGCCUUUAUUUAUGAUGCCAUACGGUGGGUGUUGCACAUGCGAACAGUGAUAGAAGAGGCUCCACUACAAAUAUACUGCUCGGGCCUCAUUUUCGCCCCGCGAGCAAGUAUCAUCAAACAGACCUUCCAGUCCAACAUCCCAGCCUGGUUGAAAGAGCCCCCUUUGGUGGAUGAUGACUGGAGCCCAAUCGAUCAAUCCUGGCCGACCGAUAGACAUGUUAUUGCUUUUGUGGUCUCUGAUGAUGCGAGUGGACGCCAAAGAAUGAGGCUUGAAGAUGUGGUGGCCGCUGAAUUUCUGGAAAGAGACAGUCGACUGGCAACCCUCCAUCGAAAUGGUGAUAUUUCACAAUGGGACCUCACCACCGGGAAGAUCUUGCAACAGUUCCGCAGCAAUAAGGGGAGGUUUGAAGCUUAUAGGUUUGAUCAUGUGGCUUUUGCGCGCAACGGUACAAUGGUCCUUUCGUCUUUCGAUGACCCAAACCGAGGGAAAAUAUUCUUGGUGGAUCUGGCAUCCGAAAAGACACUUGAACUUGUCACUGGGUCUAGCACUGAACCCUCAAAAGUCACCAUUUCUCAAAAUGGCGCGUUUGUAGCGGCGUGGAGUGUGCUUGAAAUGUCCAUCUAUAUUUGGCAUGUGGCAGAGCAAAAGUCUGGUCUGGUCCCUCUGGAUCAAUGGACUUGCGACUCUGAAUACACUCACUCGGACCCCAAUGUCAUCAAGCUCUCAUCUGACGGCUCCAAACUCGCGUCUGGACACCAAGAUGGCACUCUCCUCUUGUGGGACACAGCCACAAGGAAGGUAAACCGUCAUCUUCUCUCCGGUGAUCGGGGCGAUGAUAUUAUCGACAUCAUCUUUUCGCCCGAUGAUAUCAAGCUGGUGUCCUUGUCUUUAAGCACCACUGUUGAGGUACUGGAUAUUCAAUCGGGGAAUAUUAUGCAAGCAUUUCAAAGCUAUUCACCGGACUAUUCACAGUACAUCUGGGGUAUCAACAUUCUUCCAGAUGACCGCAUUGUGACAGGUAGCAGUGAUGGAUCUAUUAUCAUAAGGAAGCUGGCAGACUCAAAAGAGGCGCCAAUACAUUUAACCCCCCGCCAGACGGUAUUGAAGAUCGUGGUUUCCGCAAACGCAGCGACCAUCGGAAUUCAAUACUCUAAUGAGACGUUGGCAGCAUGGAGAAUUGGCGAGGGGAGAGGAAUUGAUGUACAGUUUCCUGUUUACAGUAUGGCACUUUCACCUGAUGGCACCAUGCUGGCCGCAGGAAGCGACAAAGGAAUGAUCCAGAUUUGGGAUACAGCCACUGGCGCAGUGGUGAGCCGGUUUCGAGGAUAUAUGGGAAUCGCAAGAGGUAUUGCGUUCUCCCAGGAUAGCCUGACUUAUAUUGGCUCUAUUGAUGAUAUCUUUGAUGAGGGCAGUAUCAUCAAAGUGUGGAGUAUUGCGAAGUUAGCAGAGGAAUUCUCAUCAUCAACGUCCGAUUAUGACCAUUCUUGUCAGACUGGGCCAAUAUCACCUGCGGAAUGGGAACGCUGUAUCGAAGGAGAAGUUUGGAAAAUAGCGGUUUCUCGGGACGGCAAAAGAUUGGCCGCUGCCUUUGCAUACGAGAUCUGCGUUUUUGAUGUUUUCACGGAGAAGGAGGAACUAGUGAUUAAUCAUGAAUACUGGGGGAUCUACAGCCUUGCCUUCCACCCCAACCAGGAGAACGCCAUGCUCGCCGUUGGAUAUAGUACUGGGGUUGCCUUAUUCAACGCCAGCACAGGACAACUGGUGAGGAAUAUAGAAUGCCACUGGAGCUAUGUCGAUGCUAUUGAUUCCUUGCCGCUGGGACGUCAGCCAGCCGUAUGUUAUGAUAUCAAGGAUGGGGCCUGGUUGAUUCGGAACGGGGAGAGGAUCCUCUACCUCCCUUUUGACUACAGGGUGGAGUGGAAAGAACCCUACUGUUUUCAUGAUAAUCAUGUGUUUAUUGGUACUAAAGAGCGGGGACUUAUAAGGCUUCACUUUUUAGAUGAUUUGAACCUAACAUUAUAA